AUGGAGAAGCUUCAUGCUUUGAUGAUGAAUGUUGUUGAGCAGAAAUCUCUUGUUUCUCCUCAUCAAUCUACGUUCAGUGAAAAAAUACGCUAUGCGACUAGAGCAAGGAUUUAUGUUUACUUGCAAAAGAGGUUCUCUACAAAGACUGUUGCUUACUCUCAAGAAAAGCUUAAAAAUCUUACAACCUCGGUGGACAAGCAACUCAUGAGUCAAGCCAAAUCAGAGAAUGAGUACUCAGAUUUACGGGAUCUUGAAUUCCGCAUUGAAAAGCUUUUGAGAACAAUAGGUAAAAAAGUCUCUUCUCAGCGCCGUGCUUCUCCUGUUGGCAUGAUCACCGUUUCAAAUGCGCCUGAUACUUCCAUCGCGGCGGCUACUUUCACCACCGCUAAUAAUAACUUACCAAAUGCAACUCUCCAAUCAGGAAACAUACCGCCAAUUAAUUACACCAAUGGAGGAGGAGGUUCUUUAUUUAACGGCGCAUCUGCAGGAUUUCCUAGCAGCUCUAGCGACAGCGGGUUUAACAGAACCGCUAAUAUCGAUCAUCAGUCUAUGUACAAUGAUGGUGUCAGGGUUUCAGGCCUGCAGAGACACCAAACUGCUGGUGCAAAUGUCCAGAUGGUUGAUGUUUAUAGGCCUAAUAACAUACACCAAGUUAUUUCUGGCUUCGGAAUUAGCAGUGUACCGCUUGCUACUAGACCCAUGACUUCUGAAGAGCUAUUCAUGUCCACAUAUAUGCCAAAUUUAUCUAAACCUUUGGUACAACCUGUUGAUCAGUUACAGGCGGCGCCAUACAUGCACGGAUACUCGAUGAACAGCGCUGAUUCUUUUGGUUCAAGUAAUCUUUACGGAGUUGUAGCAUCACCUGGCUCAAUGUCAGUACUUGCUCAGAAUCAAAAUCCUAUGAUGAGAGCUGAUGCUACCUUCACAAGUAAUCAGUUAAAUCUGCAAGGGAUGCAACAAACUCUCUUACCGUAUCAUCAGCUCGGGAAUAACGGUUUCCAAUCUGCUUACACUAACAAAGAAAAUUUGGCUCAGGUGAGUCGACAACUCUUAGAUCGUGGCUUUCACCAGCAAGCUCAUGAUAUGGAGCAACAAGGACAACAACGUUUUCAACAGUUUUAUCCUGGUCAAUUGCAGAAGCAUGACCAUUUUCUACGUGAGGAUGCUUAUCGGACUCAAUUGGCUAGGGGUUUAGCUACUCCUAUCAACCAUGGACCAAGCUUGGAUGUUUACAAAGAAGCUCUUAAGAAACAGGCUCUAAAUGGAUUCAGACCAUCCAAGUUUCAGUACCAACAGAAUGCUGUUAAAGACCAAUAUAUUGGUGCUCAAACCGCAUCUGUCCAUAAUAGUCAGCUGAAUUCUUCUCCAUCUUUCCGACCACAUCUUAAUCAGCAGCAGGCGACAUCAUUCCAGGUUCAAACGCAGUCAUCUCUACAGAAACCAGAUGCUCAUCAGAAGCAGUCGGCAUCAGUCCAAGUUCAAACGCAGCCAUCUCUACAGAAACCGCAUCCUCAUGAGAAGCAGUCAGAAUCAGUCCAGAAACCGCAUCCUCAUCAGAAGCAGUUGGAAUCGGUCAUGGUUCAAACGCAGCCAUCUCUACAGAAACCGCAUCCUCAUGAGAAGCAGUCGGAACCGGUCCUGGUUCAAAUGCAGUCAUCUCUAGAGAAACCGCCUCCUUGUCAAAAGCAGUCAUCUCUAGAGAAACCGUAUCUUCAUGAGAAGCAGUCGGAAUCAGUCAUGGUUCAAACGCAGCCAUCUCUACAGAAACGGCAUCCUCGUCAGAAGCAGUCGGAAUCAGCCCUGGUUCAAAUGCAUKCAUCUCUACAGAAGCCAACUCAAAUAUCAGAAAAAAAUAAUGUAGAGAGACAACAGAUUGGGGUAAACUUAUGUCAAAUUACUCCUAUCCUGCCGGAAGCUGUUAAUCGUUGCUCGUCUGCAAGACCGCCUAUAUGCCAUCAAACUGUUUCUCCUACAAGCACUGCUAAAAGGAAACGCCUUCCGGAUGGAAACAAUACAUCAAUUAAACUGGACAAGGGAUAUGGUGGUCCAAUUGUUAAAAAUAAGAUACGGUGGAUUCUGUUCAUGUCCCAUGCACGUUAUUGCAACGCACCAGAAGGCAAGUGUGGGACCGGAUUUUGCGUUCGUGCCAAAGAGACAUUGAAACAUUCACAACACUGCAAGAUCCCUGAUUGCACAUAUCUUAAUUGUCUUAGAACUCGGGAAUUGAUGCCUCAUUACAAGCAAUGCAGGGACAAAUCGUGCCGUGUCUGUGUAACUGUUAAAAACUUCAAGAAGAAACAUAGAAAAGCAUCUCUCCGUGCAGCUAAGCUACAGUUAGCUAGUUUACAAGGUCGACAAAAGGAAUCCUUAGAGUCCAAGCAAGCAUAUAACAAAGGAAGCACUGUUGAUGAUAAUGAUCUGCAACCCUCAAUGAAGCGCCUGAAAUUAGACCAACCCUCCCAAAAUGCCACUCCGGAGAAAGAGAGAAAUUUAGUGUCAGUAUGUGGUGUUGUCUGUAAGUCUCUUUCUUCAAUGGAUAUCAAAGGGAAAGAUGGUUUUCUAAGUGAUGACUGCAAAAGUGUCAAAGUUGAGGUUAAGCCUAUGGACAUAGAUGUUUCUGCUCCUUCCGGGAUUCCUAUUACCCGGGAGGUGGAGAAGCAUGUUGUUGAAGAUACUCCCAAGGGUAAAAAUGGUGGUGAAUUUGCUAUGGAUGACAAAACUGUUUGUUUAUCGGCGCAAGGGAAAUCUGAAUAUAUGAAUGAAAUGAGUGUGUCAAAGGAAGAGAAUGUGAAACAGCCUGUGGACGACGCUGUAGAUGCGUCUAAGAUGGAAAUCUCUUCACUCGUUGAAUUGUUUACUCCAAAGCAAGUAAGGGAGCAUAUCCGCGGUCUUCGUCAGUGGAUAGGCCAGAGUAGAAUCAAGGCAGACAAAAACAAAGCAAUGGCGUGCUCCAUUACUGAGAAUUCUUGCCAGUUAUGUGCCGUUGCGACGCUUGAAUUUGAGCCAAUACCUAUUUACUGUACACCUUGUGGUGUACGCAUCAAGAGAAAUGCCUCGCACUAUACUGUUAUGGCUGGUGAGUCACGGCAUUAUGUCUGCACACCUUGCUACAAUGACGCGCGGGAAAAAUCUGUUUCUAUCGAUGGAACUUCCAUACCGAAAGCAACGCUUGAGAAGAAGAAAAAUGAUGAACCAGCUGAAGAAGCGUGGGUGCAAUGUGAUAAGUGCCAAUCUUGGCAGCAUCAAAUAUGUGCUUUGUUCAACGGCCGAACAAACCAUGGUGAAGGCACCAAGUACACUUGCCCUAGGUGCUACAUACAAGAGGUUGAACAAGGAGAAAGAAGACCAUUGCCACAAAAUGCCAUUCCGGGAGCAAAAGGUUUACCAGUUACUACUCUCAGCAACCAUAUAGAGCAGCGGUUAUUCAGAAACUUGAAGAAGGAAAGACAAGAGAGGGCUAGAUUUCAAGGAAAAAGUUACGAGGAGGUCCCCGGAGCCGAAUCGCUUGCUGUCAGAGUUGUGGCAUCGGUGGACAAAGUAUUAGAAGUAAAGGAAUGUUUCCGUGAGCUUUUCCGAGAAGAAAAUUAUCCAUCUGAAUUCCCUUAUAAGUCCAAGGCCAUACUAUUGUUUCAGAAGAUUGAAAGUGUCGAAGUGUGCUUAUUUGGCAUGUUCGUCCAGGAAUUUGGAACAAAAUCUGGACCUCCCAAUCAGCGGCGGGUAUACAUUUCUUAUCUAGACUCGGUUAAGUAUUUCAGACCUGAGGUUCGAACAGUGUCUGGAGAAGCCCUCCGCACGUUUGUGUACCAUGAAAUUCUGAUCGGUUAUCUCGAUUAUUGUAAGAAACGUGGUUUUACAAGCUGUUAUAUAUGGGCAUGCCCUCCACUUAAGGGUGAAGAUUAUAUUCUAUAUUGUCAUCCUGAAAUCCAGAAGACCCCCAAGACUGAUAAACUAAGGGAUUGGUAUUUAGCAAUGCUAAGGAAAGCUUCCAAGGAAGAUGUGGUCGUGGAAUGUACAAACCUCUAUGAUCAGUUCUUUGUCCAGUCUGGGGAGUGUAGAGCUAACGUAACUGCUGCAAGGUUGCCGUAUUUCGAUGGGGACUACUGGCCAGGUGCUGCUGCGGAUUUAUUACAUCAAAUGAGCCAAAACGAUGAUGGGACAACGACGUCAAAUAAAAAAGUCAUAUCGAAAAGAGCCCUAAAAGCAGUUGGCCAGUCUGAUCUUUCUGUUAAUGCCUCCAAGGAUCGCCUGACGAUGCAGAAACUUGGUGAGAUCAUAUGCCCGUUGAAGGAAGAUUUCAUCAUGGUACAUUUGCAACAUUGCUGCAAGCAUUGUUGCACACUCAUGGUAUCCGGAUACCGGUGGGUGUGCAACCAGUGCAAGAACUUUCAAAUCUGUGACAAGUGUAAUGAAGCGGAGCAAAAGCGCAGAGAGAAAGAGAGACAUCCAGUCAAUCAGAAAGAGAAGCACACACUAUUUCCUGUGGCAAUCAAAGACGUUCCCAUUGAGAUUGAGGAGAAAGACGACAACAUUGAGAGCGAGUUCUUUGAUAAUAGACAAGCUUUCCUGAAUCUUUGCCAAGGAAAUAAUUAUCAGUAUGACACACUAAGGUGGGCGAAACAUUCUUCAAUGAUGCUUCUUUAUCAUCUUCACAACCCAACCGCCCCUGCAUUUGCAACGAUAUGCACAAUCUGCCAACAAGUAGUCGAACACGCUCAAGGCUGGCGUUGCGGUAUUUGUCCAGGCUACGAUGUGUGCACUGCAUGUCACUCCAAGGCGUCCGUCGAACAUCCUCAUAACCUGAUAAGCCGCUCAUCUACUAGGGAUACUGUUGAACAACAGAACGGCCAAGUGAAUCGAAAUGGUCAAAUCCAGCUUGAGAAGAUAAAACAAAUGUUGGUACAUGUAGCUGCAUGCCGCUCUCCGCAGCCGCAGUGCCAGUAUCCAGGGUGUCAUUUGAUGAGGGUUCUCUUCAAACAUUGUAAAGGCUGUAAGAUUGGUGCUGCACGUUGUCCCAACUGUAGGAGAUUUUGGUGGGCCAUAAACCUCCAUGCCCGCUUCUGUAGAGUUUCCCAGUGCACUGCCAUCUACUGCAGAGAUAUCAGAGCAAAUAAUAGUAGAAAGCAGCAGCAGUCAGAGAACCGACGCAGAGCUGCUGUAACGAAGAUGAUGCGGGAAAGGGCCGCUGAAGCCACCCGCAAUUCCUGA